CCCUAGUGUCGCGCAGCUUCUGUUUAGCCUCACGGGAUCGCCCUCUUACCUUUCCCUGCCCCCACGCGCGGUCUUACGCCAAAAGAAAGCCGAAUCCCAGUUUUCUUUUCCGUCCUCGACAAUUCUAUCCUGGCCUGUAAGAGUUGUCGUUUACCGGCAUGGUACAGCCUGACCUUGGGACGAAAUACAAGGAAGAUCCUAUUGAUGAUUCCCUUCGACACCCUGGACAUUCGAGUUCUCAUUCCCAGGCAUUAAAGUCUUCGAUUCUAGCUCAGAAGGACCCUGCGUCGCCUGUUCAGCCGUCUUCUAUCUCGACGUACCCUCCUCACACCCUAGGGAACGGAAUUAACUACGGCCCUCAAGAAGCGCCUUACUAUACCACCCAUUCUUCUUACACGACUCCCUCGGCGCAUUACGCUUCUAGCGGGCCACCCGACCUCAUGGCAUCCACCGCCCAAAUGCAGAGACCAUAUCCCCCCAUCUAUCACACUCCCCAAUCAACCUCACCGGCCUCUGUAGCUUCUCAGCCGCACGACCAACAUGGCCGCAACAUCUACGCCCACUCUCCUCAAAUGCCACAGAUGUUCUACCCGCCCUACUCGUCCAUGAACCCUGUACAGCCGCCGUACGCGGCGCACCAUUCUCCCCAGCAACACCCUCUCACAACACAAUCCAUGAUGAUGCCACCGCAGAAAGCGCCAGCGCAAUUACCACCACAUCAGUCACCACACAUCCCCACAACGGCCAUGUCAAGCAGCCCUAUCAUGAAACUCGACACCUCCCAGCAACCUACUCCACCACAGCAAGCAAUGCACAACCCACCUCUUUCCGCAACAAGCAACCACCCAAUGUCCGCCAGCAAUAUCCACUCCAGCCCACCACUAGGCGGGAGCUCCAGUGCAGCACCAGGCCCCAUCCCAGCCACGACCCCGCUAGUCGUGCGCCAAGACAGCAACGGCGUGCAGUGGAUCGCCUUCGAAUACUCACGAGACCGCGUCAAAAUGGAAUACACUAUUCGCUGCGACGUGGAAUCCGUCAACGUCGACACUCUCGACCAAAACUUCAAGACCGAGAACUGCGUAUACCCGCGCGCAUGCUGCAGCAAGGAUCAAUACCGCGGCAACAGACUCGUCUACGAGACCGAGUGCAACGCCGUAGGCUGGGCCCUUGCAGAGCUUAAUCCCGCCCUGAGAAGCAAGCGCGGUCUCAUCCAGCGCGCCGUCGACAGCUGGCGCAACAGUAACCAGGAUCCCAGACUGCGCAGUCGUCGUGUGCGCCGCAUGGCCAAGAUCAAUCGCAGACAAUCCGUUCCUACUGUUCCUGCCAGCCACAUGCCUGGCUCUGGUCCUGUUGGUCCCGGUCUUCCCGGUCCUCUCGGUGCCAUGCCGGCUCCCGCACCCCGGCCAAAUCUAGGCCCUAUGUCGAUGGGCCCACCCCAGCUCCAGCAUCAUCACCACCAACCUGAUGGCAGUCCUAAUGAGGAAGUUAGCGGCACAGAUUACACCACCUCCAACACAAACACAAACGCCAGCAACACCAACACCAACACCAGCAAUACCGCCACCCACCACCGGUCCACCGUCGAUAGCACCCGUCUCCCAACAGCCCCAAUGACAGACAUCAGACCCGCCCACCUCUUCCACAAUGCCCCAACAACCCUAACACCCUCCAGUGCAACAGCCGGCCCAUCGAUGCCCCCACUCCUCCACGCCACAGGAAUGGCCUCCCUAAACCGCCACCCAACAAUCGCAACCUCCACUCGGAUGGACGACCGCCCUUCCUCCUCAACCCACGACAUCGAAGAACAAGCCCCCACAAACGAAGACCUCUUCAGCCACCUCCCAGAUGGCAAACGACGCAAAUUCAUUCUAGUCGACGACCCCCAGCGCGGCUGCCGCGUCCGCGUCAAAGUCGUCCUGGAUAAAGUCAACAUGGACGAGAUCCCGGACUCAUACCGUGAAUCCAACGCCGUCUAUCCGCGCACUUACUUCCCCAUCCAGAUGCGCGAUGAGAACCGCGUCGUGCUGGGUAAUCGGUUCUUCAGGGAUGAGGCUGAGCAUGCUGAUGCCGGUGCUGAUCCGCAUUCUGAUGCUACUCUUGGUCGCACGACUGUUCCUGUGCCAUCGCUUGAGGCUGAGGCUGGGAAUGGGGGUGAGGUGGAGGUUCCGAGAUUGUCGAGGAAGAGGCAUACUAAGGAGCUUUUGUUGAAUGAUUUGGGGUAUCGGAUGAGUUGGAGUCAGAGUCGGGUUUUUGCGGGGAGGAUGUUGUUUUUGCAGAAGUCUUUGGAUGCUUACCGCAAUAAGAUGCGCAGCAGUAUGCUCGCUGCUGGCCAGGAUCCGAUGGAUAUCCCGGAUCAUUUUGAUACUCGUCGUGGCAAGAGACGGUUCUUGGAGCGUGGUCAUUUGGAGAAUGCUGCCCAGAGGAGUGCUGAGGAGGUUGCGCCGUAGAUGAUUUCUAUUUGUUUGUUCCUUUUGCAUUUUUCUUUAUUUAGUUUAGUGUUCUUCUCUUUGGCGUGUUUCUUUGUGUCUUAUGCUUAUGCUUAUGUGUCAAGGGCGUUGGGAUCUGCGCAAAACAACCAAAAACAAUGUAGGGUUGGUAUGGAGGGAUUGGCGCUGAGAUACGAUAUAUUGGAUUUAGCCCGGAUGAUACCAUAUGAUUUAUGACUGAAUAUGAGUAUGAAAUGAAUAUGAGUAUGAUUUGAGUGCGGGUUGUGGGAUAUAAGCAGUGGCUCGCUGUGUAGCCAAAAAUAGAACAGGGACCAAAAGGGUCAAG